GGUUCUUCCGCGGAGGGCGCCGCAAAACGCGGAGGUCUCGUAGGAAGUUGAUACAGAGCUCGAGCAUCGCCGACGAGUUUACCUCACGCAUCAAUCAAUCACUUCUCCGAUCUCCAUCCUCACCCGUCCGUCGACCGCGACCGAUCUCCAUUUCCUCCCAUACCACCACCAUGUUCAAAGCCACGCCUACGCUGCAGAUGUUCAAGCCUACAGCCAGUCUCCUCACAGCCUUCAAAUCAACGCCAACACUGCAGGCCAAAGCGUACGAAAUCAACACAGGCUCCUGGCGCAAAUUCAUCCCCCUGACGCCGAAAAAGGGUAACAAGUACUUCUACAAGGGCAACAAGGUCGGCUCGCAUGGAUCGUUUCAGAAGGGACACAAUGUCCUGCAAAAGCGCAGGGUAUAUCGAGUUGAUUAUAGCAAGGUGCGCACGUAUGUGGUGCCGGAUCUGAACGGGUGCAGGUUGACGCCGUUCACGAGCAAGUUGAUCGAACAUCCUAGAGACAUGCCCAAGGAGCCCGGAGAAGGUAGUGACCUCGACCCAAUCAAGGGCGAGGCCUUCCUGCAACUCUGGAGGGAUUUGAACAGAGAUGGAACUUGAUUACACUGGCAUAUUCGAGCAGACGAGAUGCAUUGCGUGGAGUUCAGGGCUGGUCGCCCAUCUGUAUAUAGUUGUACAAUAUCGUAUAUCCAGCAUAUGCUUGGUUUAGGACGGAUGCUUAGAGACGCAGUCCAAGCCCUGUAGUGAACCAAUACAGUAUACUCUUUAUAUGAUUCGAAAGCAAGACACUAGGCCAGAGGUAUCAAGA